AUGCCUUUUCAACGUCACAUUAUACGGAGAGGGAGCUGCAGGAGUGGGCCUCUCUCUCUCUGCUCUCAUGUGGGGUGGGCAUUUCAACAUCCGCGGCGGCUUCAUGGGACGCAACCAACGCCGUGGCAAUCGGAGGAUCGCGUGGCAAAUUGGUGCUGUAGGCUCUGGGGUCUUCGAGAGGGCUGCUGGGGCGAUUCUCCCUCAUUUCCAUCACCGGCUUCGAUGCCAUCGUGGACAUCGCCCCAUAGCGGCCUCGGUCGGGAGCUGUUGAGCGAGGUCGAGUGCCAAAUAAAGCUUGCGGAGGAGUUGAAGGCUGUGAUGAUUGGGGAAAAGGGACGGUUGCCAGAGUCCCUUGUGGAAUCGGUGUGGGACAUAUACGAGUCCAUUAUUCCGCCCGAUGUGGCAACGGACCUUGCCCGAUAUGUAACACCUACACAAGAAAUUAAGUUUUUUGAGUUUAUAGGGCUUUUGGCAGAACUUGACAUUAAUCUCGCGGACGUCAAGGCGGCGACGGAGAAAUUGACCCGAUGCGUCGGUGUCAUUGAGACGCUCCAUGCGGAUGUGAAGCGGGGCGAAGAGAGGGGCGGGGAACAGGACAAUAGCGCCAGCAGUAGUGAACUUGCGUCGGAUGCUGCAAUGCUAUCGGCAAAACUAGUCACGGCAAAGAACGAGUUGCUUCGGCAGUGUGUCGCUGUAAGUCAGGCGGGAUCUCCGGUACAUUACCUCUGG